AUGCACAUCCGCCAGCUGACGUCCGAGGAACUGUUUAAAGCUAUGAUCGUGCACGACACCUCCCUGCACGUACCCGUAUCCGUCGUUGUUGCCUCUCGCGGGCAACAAGCUGCAGUGGCCCAAGCAGCCGCGACCGAGCUCAGCCGCAUCCGGCAGAUGCUACGCUUCAUCAGUCUGCCGUCGGUCAUUGACUAUCCCGUCUCUCAACCAACGCUCGUGCGCUUUGACGAAACUCGGCCGCCCGUACGUCUCUCGCAUGCUGAAUCCGACAUCGAACGAGCGAUCCAGUCGCACUCGUUCGGCCACUACCACCUCCGCCUCAACGAGAUCCACGACGCAACCCGCCCGCCUGCCACCACCAACCUCGAAGCGUUCAGCAACUGGUUCAGUCAGCUUUCGUACUCGACUCGACUCGAGACAGCGCGGCAUGUGGCGCAGGAAGCAUCACAAGCCAGAAAUAGCGCUCAGCAGUGGGCUUUCCGGUUGGCUGCGAGACAGACCGGCGCCAGGGUGGUAGAGGCGGAAAUCGACAAGUCUUUGACCAACACCUGGAGAUUGUGGAAUCACGGCUUUAUCGAGGCUACAGGCUAUGCCAUGGCGGCUCUGGAUCGGACAAAGCUGAAUGUCUUUCGACGGCGUCGCCGAUGA